UAAAGCUUUGGCUAACUUCAGUUAAUUCCUAUAGGAAACUGGAUUGAUUGUAAUUGAGAAGCCUCACACUAACUUAUACCACAUGUAUUUGUAACGUUAGGCUAAGUUAAUGUGGAGUUCAUUAGCUAAAACUGCUAAUUGGUUUAAGAACAUUUAACAUUAAGUUAAAGCUGGACAAAAGACAUUAAGGCAGCAGAGCCCCAGUGGGACCUUGGCCUGCCCUGAAACAACUUGAUGGAUCCCAGUGCUGACUCCGGGACACCCCCCACCCACACCACUGUUGGAGGACCUGUGUUGGGGCAUGAGUUGUCUAUGUCCAGCGCUCGCUGUCAAACAGAAAGUGGAGGCAACAUCUUACUGCAGUUGUUGGAAUUUAAAACCCAUCUACUUGAGGCUGUAGAGGAGCUGCACAUUCGGAGGGAUGCAGAGACACGCUUUGAGGAUCAGAUCAGUAAACUGGUGUUGGAGAAACAGGAGCUGGAGUGGGAGAAGGAAUCCCUACAAUAUCAAAGUGAAACAGUGGCAAACCAGCACACAGAGUCUCUCAUCAAUGUUAAGAAGCAGUUUCAGGCCAAAAUCAGAAAAAUUGAGGAGGAGAAGGGGAAAUACCAGGCCAGUGCUGAGCUAAAAGACAAAGAGAUUAACAACUUGAAAGAAGAGCUGAAGUCGCUACAGUUGCUGAAGUACAACUUGGAGAAGAAAUCCGGUGAGCUGGAACAGAAACUAGCGUUGCAGAGCAGGUCAAAGGACAGCCACUUGAACCAGCUGGGGGAGGUUGAGAAACGUUUCAGUGCUCUGUCAUGGCAGUGCGCCAUUGUCAAGCAGGCUCACGAGAAACUAGAGCAAAAUGUUAAUGAGGCCAUGAAAAUAAAUGACAAACUGACUUCUGCAAAUGGAAGACAAGAAGCAACCAUUGUGUCACUAAAGAAGGAGCUGGAGGAGGUCAGUACAAAGCUGAUCAAGACCAAGAUGGCAUCAGCUAGGCAUGACAAGACCCAUAGUCCUACAGGAGGAGAGCAGCGUAUACAGCACCUGAAACUGAAACUGAACAUGGAAACUGAAAUUAACAAGAAACUGGUUGAGGAAAAUGUUGCUGUACGAGCAGAAAAGCAGGAGGUGAUGAGAUCUCUGCAACACACCCAGCAGCUGAUGUUGAGUCAGACACAGGCAGUAAGCAGAGUAGAGCUGGAGCUGCAGACACAAAGAGAGCAGUACCAGGGCCUUAAGCAGGAACACAGGGUGAAAAGCAAGGCAAUGGAAGACAAGGUGGGCCAACUGAUGGAGAGCUACGCUGCUUCCAAGACCAGCUGGGACAAAGAGAAAGCAGUGUAUCUGGACCGCAUCAAGAGUGAGCAGCAGGACCUUCAAGCGGUGAAAGAGGCUUACUACGAACUUCAUCAGAAAUACACUGAACUGUCCUCACAGGCCAAAGUGCAGGCUCAGCAUGUAUAUGAAUUGGAGAUGAGACACAGCAGUCAGAGCCUCAGUGUUUCUACCCACAUCUUGCCCACUUUUGGAGAUGAAGCUCUUAAUGAACCCAUCUCCAGCUCUGAGCUUCCUAGCUUUAGCAGUGUGCAGCACAUGGCCUCUACUCAGACCAAAAACCCAGACAGUCUGGAGGACGCGGGAGCUGUGACUACACUAGUUGCCACAGGAUCAGCUAGAGGACAAGAUACCCCAGACUACCAUCAACAAUCUCAAUUUGAACAGUCCCUAAACCUUAUAAACUUUUUUAGCUGCCCACUUACCAAAAACAACCAUUACAGCCUCUCCAGUCUUUGUGGAUCAACAGGCAGUGACACCAGCGCAUACAUGAACAACACUAACACCAGGGAGAGUGAUCCUGAUGUAGUUCAGAAUUCAGAAUUCAUUCAUACUACUUCCUCUGUGUCUUGUGCUGGUCUGCAGAUUAGCAAAGGUAGCUGUGUGAGCGACGCACCAACUGUAUUGAACCACAGGUAUAUUGAUGGAUCUGCAGACUUACGGAGCAAAGAAAUGGGUGACGAAGGGAAUGGAGGAAUGAGUGAGAAAGAACAGGGAUUGAAAGAUGAUGUGAAGGAGGGAGGAAGGGCUGGAGAAGAGAGAGGAACGCUCAUGGCCCAAACAGCAGAUAGAGCAGACACACAAGAGGAUAGCCAGCGGUCAAGAGAGGAUGCAGGGGACACCACACAGCCUGAAACAGAAACAAAAUUUCUUGCUGGGGGAGAAGGGACAGAUGGAGCGGAGGAGAGGGGAAAGACAGGGUUACACGUGCCAGAAUCACCAGAAACCCAGAUACCGGCCCAGACGACUACCGAGAAGAGCGACGCGCAGAAGGUCAUUGACUUCAUGGACACUGAGCCACCGCUGGCUGCCUGUGAGCCCUCAGACUGCUCACAAAGGCACUCUCAGAAAGUCAGUGAGAAGGAAGCUGACUGCAAGGAAGCUGACUGCAGUCAUGUGAACAAAGGAUAUGACAUCAGGAGAGAAGUACAAACCCUCUGUUCUGGUGAGCACCAAAGUGUCCGCCAAGGGCCAAGCUCUGUCAUUCAAGCAGUGCAACGCCUCUGUCAUGAUGAGGCCCAAACCGUUGCUGAGUCACUCACUCAGCUGCCCAGUCCAAUACAUCAAGUGUUCGACAAAACCACAGAAGAGAAGCCAUCCGACAAAUUAGCAGCCAAUAUCCCCACUGAUGUUUCUGAACCUCUCAAUCAGUCAAGUAUUUGUGGCCCACAGACCAAUACUGCACCAGCAGCUGCUCAGUCAGAUGGUAUUGUCAAUACCCAAGAGUUAGAGACAACGACAACACAAACACAACCUAGUAAUCGUUCUGACACUACCAGCGACAUGAAGCAAACAGAUGAAAUGUGUAAUACACACACUUUUCAUCUGUCUGAAUGUGAAUUGGUGAGAACAGUGGUUGAACCACAAGCACUACCCCACAGUCAGGAGGUCUCAGAGCAGGAGACUGGAGAGCUGGAGUCUCUGGUAACUGAUAAUGAGGAGGGGGAUUCUAGUGCACUUAUGAAGAGGGAAAGUCAAUCAAAUGCAGACACACGUGAAAACGAUGCCUCUGGGACUACCCAGAAACCUAUGGAAAGAUCUAAUUUGAAGGAUGCCGGUGUUGAUAUCGUCGUGGACCUUGAAUCUGAAGGUGAGAGUGGCACCUGCCAGGAGCACAUGAAAAGUGACGAAACAGAAGAAGCCGGAGAUGCAAAGACUACUAAAUGUGAAGCCGACGUGAACCUGUCUGCCCAUCCAAGUCAUAAGAAUGCUGCAUCACCAGAGGCGGGCACCUCAAAAUGCUGUGAGCAGUCUCCAGCGAAAGAAGUGUUCCUUGAUGAGACUAAUGAGUCGCCUCUGCCCAGCAAUAAGACUUACAGGUCGUCAUUCGACUGGGGCAGUGCUCAGAGAAAAACUGUAAGCUCCAGAUCGAAGUCAGGUGUCUCCGUCUUGCGUCAGUUUGUUCAGGGAUCCCCAAUGUCUGAGCAAAAUAUAAGUGAUCCUGGUGGACUCCUUGGACAUCCUCCCAGCACAAUACCCAUGUUCCUCAAAAGCAAGCACAGCAAAGUCCCCUUGGUGAUUACCAGGGCGUCGGAUCUGCUGAAUGCCUUCAGCGUCUCUGGGACUGCAGCUUCCUCGAGGAGACACCAGCAGGGAGAGUGGAAGGCUCUUGGGGAGACCUGUAGAGAAACAGCAACAGCAGACAUGAUACUGCGUAAGAGCCUGGCAAGUUGGCGUGGCUCAGAGCUGGUUGGAUUAGGUUUGAGUUUUUUCUUUCCUUGCUUUCUUUUAGUUGCUUGUUCAUGUGGUUUAGGGCGCAGCAAUAAGUUUCCUUUUACACCAGCCUUUUACACCACCUGAAGAAAAGGGUUGGCUGAAGGCAAAAAGACUUUGAUGUCUGUUUAUAUCUCCUAUUUAUAACCUUUGUUUUUCCAGUGGACUAUCUUUAUCAGACCAGAGUCAAUUCUGGUUUUGUAUGUUUAUAUGAAGUCGGUUUAGUAUUUUUUUUCCAUCCCAAUAUCUGCACUUCCUCUGAACAUGACCUCUGAAAAGGCCAAAUAGUACCUACAGACGUUUCACCAAAGUUUAAGGCUGGAGUAAAUAUUCUGAUGUAGACUGAUAUACACGGUAUACGGUACAAAAACUGAGGUCUCCGCAGGCUACAUUCUUGUUUUAAUUGAUGGAGGAGAUGAUGAUGACCAACACGGGGCUGUAGUUAACAAAAUACUUUACAAGAGACUGAUGAAUCACCAGUUCUUUUCAGGCUGUUUUAGCAUCAGACAAUUUCAAGUGUCUGUUGAGUUAAAUCAAAGACAUCUCAAGUGGGACAAAUGUUUGGAUCUAUUUUCAGAUGUCUCCGGCUUCAGAUUGUGUCGGUGGAUUUGGCUGGAUAUUAGGGAGAGAGCUGUGAUUUGUUGCUCCAGUAUUCAAGUAUUAAAAUAUAUAUACAUACUGAUUUAGAAGUUCUUCCUUCAGUUGUCCGCUCAGAGACAGAGAUAGUAUCUUUGAAGAAUUGUCUGCAACAGCCAGAACAUAACUUCGCACAGGCUGCUAAAGCUGAUAGCAAGCCAACAUCUACGUGUGUGUGUGUGCGUGUGUUUGUGUGUGUUUGACUGUCUCUAUAUAUUUCUCCCUCUCCCUCUGUCCUCUCUUUCACAUCUGCCUUGACAAAAACAUCUGUAAAGCCUGUUCAUUUGUUCUUGGAAAUCAGCAUAUCCAUAAGAAGAAGGGAAGUUUUUCUCAUGCACAUUGAAACUAAGAUGUUGCUGUCUUUUGUGGGAGGAUAAUGAUUAUUGCAUUACAAUGGCUAAGACCAUAUUCAUAAGAAAAUUAGUUACCUGCCACCUGACGGGGAGGGGGGAAGGCAUCAUUUACAAAUAAAAAUAACACAAACUGG